UUGGUUGGUUGGUUGGUUGGUUCAUUCAUUCAUUCAUUCAUUCAUUCAUUCAUUCUCAGCCAGUCGUUUUUGACCAGGCACACCUAAAGUGUGACUUUGUACAAAAUAAAACCAUUUAAAUGCAAACUUCCCUAGUUAAACAUUAAAGCACACUAGUGUGAUAAUGUCAUGUACUGUUCGGUUGAGGUAGUGAUGGGUGCUUCGAAACACUGCUUCAUGAAGCUUCAAAUCAUUGUUUUGGAGCUUGUUUCAAAUUGUCAAAGUCAUAUGAUUUCAGUAAUUGAGGCUUUGUUACAUCAUAACUGUUUCGAAAUGUUUCGAAAUUUCAAUGGUUCACCGCUGGGGGCGAUCUCUGUGAACCUAUGAAUCAUGCGGAUUGAAUGAGAUUGCCCACCCAGCGGAAAAUUCUGAUAUAAAUUCUGAUAUCGCCUAAUUGUUUGUUUUUGCCUCGUAAAAUCUAACUUAUAAUCUAUCACUCUUUCUUUUUCGGUGGGGGAACACAUCCCCAACAGUAUUUUAUAUAAAAAACAUUUGGAUUACCUUGAUAUCGCUAGUUUUAUCCGACUUCCCGAACUUUCGCUACUAGCUUUAGCCCGUUAGCAUUAGCGGCGUGCCACGCCCACGCUACGCUAGCGUUUGUACUCUUCUCUCUCAAAAUAUUAUUGUUUCAUCUACUCUAAUGGCGAGUGUAUUGGAUGUUUCUCUACCUUUAUGUGCAGGUGAGGACACGUUUGAGCUGCAUGCGGUGCAGUUGGAACUGGAGGCCGUGGAGCGGCAGAUCCGGAUCCUUCUCGAGAAGCAGGCCGAGCUACGCGAGCGGCAGACAGCGCUGGAAACUUCUCGCGCUGACGCUCACCAACCCUCGGGCCCGAGCACCAAGAACGCGUUCAUCCCAGCCCUCGUUCACUCCGGCGCCGUCACACCAGGGACCUUGGGUGCUUCAGCAGCGGAAGGCGCGAGCCAGGCCUCGGACCAGGACCUCUCCUCCACCGCCCCCGGUCUUCGACGUCUCGACACGGAACCGCUUCUCCCCUCUUCGCGAGGCAGAACGCGACGCCGUGGUCAUCGGAGACUCCAUCGUCCGCUACGUCCACGCUACCACUGUUUUCCUGGUGCUCGUGUUCUCGAUGUCUCUGUGCAGAUUCCCGCGAUCCUCAACGGUGCCGAGACCAUCGGAGCUGUAGUGCUGCACGCGGGGGUGAACGACACCAGGCUGCGGCAGACGGAGGUGCUGAAGCAGGACUUCAGAAGCCUGAUCGAGACGGUACGAGCCACAUCGCCCGCGACGAAGAUCAUCGUGUCCGGACCGCUUCCGACGUACCGACGAGGACAUGAAAGGCUCUUCCGUGCUGAUGGCCUGCACCCCAGCAGCAUCGGAGCUGAUCUUCUGUCAGAGAACAUCUCCAAGACGCUUCGCACCAUAUGACUAGUAAGUCAAACCUCAAAUCACAGCCUGUGUUCUGCCCACUUAAUUGAUAGAAAUGUGAGUGUAGUACAGUCUAUAGAAACUGUGUCUAUUCCCCGAAUAGUGAGGUUUAACAAUAAAAAUAAAGGAUCUAGAAAAAACCUAAUCGUGAUCAAACCAGAUUUUUGUAAAAUU